UUUCUUGUAUCAACGAAGGCUUAUCCUUCUGAAACUAACAUGGAUAUUAGAAUAAACUUAAUUGAAAUUGAAAAUGCAAAAUUGGCACGCGAAAGCUUUAUUACAUUUAUUUGCCAAUAUCGAUUUUUCCAAUUUGUGCUUUUCUCAUGAUAUUGGUUGUCUUGCCAAAGGGUCAUUCGUUGCUUGUCUAACUGGAGGCAAUCUGGCACCAAACGUCUCUGAGAGACUUUCCAAACCUGACAGAGUAUUUCACCUUCAAAGAUGAAUAAUUUGUUCACGGCUGCUCUUACUUCUACAACAGCGGUUCCUAUAACGACGAUCAUGACAACAGUUACCUCAACUGCAACUACCAUGGUCAACAACAGCAAUAAUGGUACUCGGUAUAAUCCCUCAAAACUACCAACGAUUCCGCCAUACUGUCCUGACCAGCAAACCAACCAACCAGCAAGAAAGAAUUAUCAAGAUGAUAGCGUAUUCAGUUAUUCUUGUCGUAUCGUUGAUUGGAAACAUUCUCAUUCCUGCUGUCAUCCUUAGCAACACGAACAUGAAGAAACCGACCAACUACUUCAUCCUGAACAUGGCCAUAUCCGACCUAAUUAUCCCAAUCCUUGUUGUCAGUAGGGAAUUAUUGUUGCUUUCCACGCAAUCCAGCGAAUGGUUAGUGAAAGGGGCACUCGGGAAUCUGUUAUGCAAGAUUGUGCAUUUUUUUGGGGGUGUUACAAUUGCCGUUUCGAUUCUAAGCUUGAUUCUCAUCACUAUCGAUAGAUUCAUUGCAGUCGUUUAUCCAAUGAAACACUACAUUAUGUCAAGCAAAACAUGUAAGGUAUCAGUCACUGCUACAUGGCUGGUAGGAAUGAGUAUGUUCUCGAUCUAUUUGUACAUAUUUGAAAUAAGAAACAUCGACGGGGUGGAUGAAUGUCUUGCUCUAUGGUAUAAAAUUGAUGAGGAACUUGCUGCAAGCUUUGAGAUUAAGCACUAUUCUACCCUGUUCUUCCUUCUGGUUGCAAUACCUGUUGUUGUGAUGGCUGUUGCGUAUACCAUUAUCAUCGUGAGUCUCAAGAGACAGUCUUCCCAUUUGGGUGACUCGCUCAGUGAUCGACAAAAGCGGCAACGAGUUGAGAGAGAGCGAAAGAUUGUACGAAUGGCGAUUGCGAUAAUCGUAACGUUCGUAAUAUCGUACAUUCCUGUUUACGUGGUGAAAUUCAUGGACUUAUUCGUCUAUAAUGACGGCACGCCUCCAACUUGCUUUUUAAUAACGUUUGGCGACGUAGCAUCUUUCUGUUUAAGCUCUAAUGCGGCCGUCAAUCCAUGUAUUGUUUUCAUUUUCAGUCAAAAUUUUCGCCACGGAUUCAUUCAAAUGCUUGCAAAAAUAGGGACCGUCAAAACUCGAAAUAUUCGGCAACAACAGCCAACAAAUCAGCAUGAGAUGUUAAAUAUGGCGUAUGAGAAUGAUAUUCUUCAGCAAUGACAACUCUAUGCUCCACAUGUAUGUGGCUAGUGUCUUCUGUUUCGUUAUUUCAUUAUUUCAGAAGAUGAAUUAGCAUAUACAUAUUUUUGAAGAUGAGGAAAAUUGACUGGCCCAAACACCUUUUUUUCUGAAAUACAAAAUCAUGGUGAAUUUUAGUUGAGGUUCAGUACACAAAAAACUCAAUA